GAGCCCUUUAUCAUCUGCCUAGCACUAGCACGCCCUUCCCUCUCUUCCUCCAGCCUUGACUCCACCCUCCGUGCCACCUCACCUUACCUCCUUGCGACCUUAUCCUUCUGUAUUGCUGCCUGAGCAUCACUUUGUUACCCUCUCCGAAGCCCGUCAGAUCUACCUGAAACAAAGCUUGCAAGCCACUUCGCGGCUGAAACACACUCUUCGCCUGAGGGGCAGUGGAAUGCAUAAUCUGCUGACUGCAUUAGCUCCAAGAGAAAGCAGCUACACAGUUCCAGGAAGGGAGGAUUCACUCGAGCGUGCGUCCACAGAAUCUAUUGCAAGGUGUGCCAUAGCUACUAUGCCAUCGACAACUCCAGUCACCAAGAAAGAAGAGCCCGCCAAGAUGGGAGGACUUGCAUUGCCAGACGUGGUGCGUGAGCUUCUCAAGGAUCCCACUGUCUUGCGCUGGGAUGCCAGAGACGGAGUCUACGAAGUGAUGCACGGGGAAAAUUUCGAGCGCAGAUUCAAUGAAUUGAGGAAGGUUAGGAACAAAGUCAAGUCUAAUGGUACGGAAAGGCCAUUCAGCAGGAUGUACAAUUUCUUCAUCCUCGAACAAGGAGAUAAAUGGGCACGAACGGGAACGAGGUUUAGGCCAAGGAAUCAGAUCGGUCUUCCCGAUCAAGAGUUUCUAGCACAAGUCAAGCCACCUGAGGUUCGCAAAGUGCAGAUUGCACAUGCGCUCCACGGCAAGUCCUCGCCUCAAUUUGCGGAAGGAUCUUUGGACAGCUGUGUACCUCUCCAUGCUUCAAGGAUUGAGAGUGCAAAGCAUGAGCACGAACUCAACCAUUUGAGCGUGGAAAGUGCAACCCAGGAUAUCAGCUCUGUACCCCUCAGAACACCCAAGAUGAUGUCAGUUAGCUCAAGGAAACACAUUCAUGCCUCCCACGGUGAUGUCGAGUCUUUGAUUCCGUCAUACGUGUACAGUCCAACGCCAACAGUGCUUGGAAAGCGAGGGCGAGAUCUGUCUGCGGAUCGUUCAUUCCUCUUCAAUGAGGUUGAUGCGGUGACUACUCGCAGACUUCGAGUGGUGAACGUCCACGAUCCUUCCCAUCCUUCGCUUCCAGUUCGAUCGUGGGAUCCGCUGGCUUCACUGGAUGAAGUGAAGCAAGAACGCCUGCGGGAGUCCCACAACUUGGAUCCUCUCACCUGCUUGGACUCGCUUGAUCAUCGAGGGAUCGAACACGAUCUUGUGUAUGCGUCACUUGAUGUCGAGGAGGCAGUGGACUCUGCCUUGAGACCGGUGGCACUUGUGGACGAGCUGAAGGGAGCGAAGUGGAUUCAUCAGGAGCAUCUUGAGGAUCCUUCGGACGGUAUGUCUAGUGGUUUCCCUUCUCCGGAGGGAGUCGCCAGCAUUUGCGAGGAUUUCGUUGGGUCGCCGCUCGAUUUGGGUCCAGCGGCAUACGAUGCCCACGAGGAGCUCACGGCUCUUAUCUGUGGUUCUCACUCGCACAGCAAGGAUGGAUUGCUCUUGGACACUCUGGAUGAUGCACCUUGGCCGAUGGUGGAUGACAUCGAUGCAGGCUGGUGAAUUUUUGAAGAGCCAGCUUGUGUAAGAUAUCAACUGUACCCUAGCGAUGUUGCAUUGCGUUGUCGAUAGCAAUCAAGUCUUUUAGAACGAAAAAACCCUUCUAUUGGUAAUAAAUCUACAAAGUUCUCAU